UUCGCAAAUUAGCAUGUACACGGCCGUGACGACGGCAGUCGCGCGAUGCAAGGACCUGUCCUUGUCGUGUGUCGAUGACGCCAAGCACAAUAUCUUGGUCGUGUGCAUUGCACUCGUGCAUGCGCUCCAUGGGAUCCAAGAACGGCUCCACCUGGAAUCGUCGCUUCACAUUCUUGUCCAAGCCGAGCAACACCUCCGGAACCUCCUCCAAGCGGAGCAAUACCUUUCAUCUACUUCCACGUCGCUAGAUGAGGAAGCCAACGUCACGUCCAUCUUGAUGUCGGCGUGGGCAUGGCUACACGACCUCGCUAUGUCCACGUAUGACUACUUGUACACGCACUUGACGUACGUUCCAGGUGUAUCCCGACUCCUGGUGUGGAUUCAAACACGUUAUUACGCGCCACCCACAGCGUGCGGAGACGAGUCGUCGUUGUCGCAGCCAGCACCAGUCGACAAGUUUACAGCAAUUGUGCUGUCUUACACGGAGAAGGAUAUCCCAGUCUCGUCGUCCCUGAACCAUCGCAUUCAGCGCUCCAUGCACUACCCCAUCAAUCUCAAACCUUUCGACGCCAAGAUUCAACUCCAGUCCACGGCCUCGUAUGCCGCCACAUCAACUCUCAAAUCGCCGCAAUCGAUGCCGGCCUCUCCCACCGCUCGGCUACAUUGGCAAUCCUCGCUUGCCUCGCUAUCUCAAAACGUUCUGUACCAAGUGCGCGAUCAACUUCGCGCUGAGCAAGCAGCCGUCCUCACGGGCUCCACCCACUUAACCAUCGUCAAGUUCAACCGGCACGACUGUCACGUUGAGCUGCAACUCAGCUGCGGUGCUCACGCAGUGACCAAGGUGUUGCCUGGGCUGUACCGCACAGUUCGCGCCACCGAUUCAAUUCCCCGUGACCGAGCCGUGUACUUCGAAAUGACCGUGCACGAUCGCGCGGUGAGCUGCUGCAUCGGGCUGUCUCCUCGAUCGCUUCCGUGCAACGCCUUGAUCGGGACGCAAAAGCACACGAUUGGAGUGUACUCCAAGUCGGGCAUGAUUCUCGCUCACUCGCUUCAAAUUCCAGUUCCGGGACUCUCGAGUCACAGCGCCAUGUCGAACGUGUCGACGUACGGGGUGCUUGUCCACCGAGCUUCGUGUAUCGAUCCGGCUACGUCCGCUCCGACCGCCGUCGAUUGCGUGCAAGUGGUCUUUACGCGAUUUGACAACUCAAGCAGCAGCGCGAUGGUUGUGUCCGAGCAGUGCGAGCUCCGUGUGCCAGCCACGGUGGACCUGUUUCCAACGGUCACGCUCGACUCGAUGCACCACACGAUCUUGAGUCGGUUUGCCGCCACCGACCUCAUCGUGUCGGUCGACCAGUGGGCGAUGGUGGCGUACCAGUACCCGACAAUCUAUUCCAUGGACGGGACGCUCUGCAGCGCGUACAAAGAGACCGAUGGCGAAGGGACCUCUGGCAGCAACGGGACUUGAUAUUAUAUUACGGCAAAAUGUCGUUCGUCAUGUGCUGGAAUUGAUCGUACCUGCAAAAGAAAUACAGUCAAUGUGAGGUCGCCAUCGCCA